UUCUCUUCUCACAGCUUCUUCUGAUUUAUUGUGGGUUUUGAUUUGGGUUAGUGUGUGACUAAUCCUGACUGAACAGAACCCUGCUGCUCCCCUCAAAAACCCUACUUCACACCCUUAUCAUCUGCCGCUUUGAUGAGCAUUCGUCAUGUAUAUAACCGCUUCGUCGUCAGCGGCAAUCCUCAGAGCUUCUAGGGUUCGCUUCUCAUCCACUUUGUCAUCCUUCCCUUCCAUCUCCAGAAAUCUAUCUUCUCCUCUUCCCCAUUCUUCUUCUUCUUCCCUCCUCAAAGCUCGAUCCAUCAGCUUCUCCACUGCUUUCCGUUCUAUCCGAUACUCGGUUUCUCGCUGGAGCCACGGUUUUGACCGGAGGUCCCCCGCUAGUCUUCGGGCCCAGAUCAGAACAGCUGCUCCUGUGAAUGGACGCUUUGAGCGCAACAUUGCUACCAUGGCUUCUGAGAAUGCUUUCAAGGGAAUCUUAACCAAUCUUCCCAAGCCUGGCGGUGGCGAGUUUGGAAAGUACUAUAGCCUACCUGCACUGAUUGAUCCAAGGAUUGAUAAGCUACCAUACUCCAUCAGGAUCCUUCUUGAGUCUGCAAUCCGUAACUGUGACAACUUCCAAGUCACCAAGAAAGAUGUUGAGAAGAUCAUUGAUUGGGAGAAUACUUCUCUUAAACAAGUGGAGAUACCUUUCAAGCCUGCCCGUGUUCUCCUACAAGAUUUUACUGGUGUACCAGCAGUGGUUGACCUUGCUUCCAUGAGGGAUGCUAUGAACAAUCUUGGCAGUGAUGUUAACAAGAUUAACCCCUUGGUUCCAGUAGAUCUCGUUAUUGAUCAUUCAGUUCAGGUUGAUGUAGCGAGAUCAGAAAAUGCAGUGAAGGCAAAUAUGGAUCUUGAAUUCGAGAGGAACAAGGAAAGAAUUGCUUUUCUUAAAUGGGGAUCUACUGCUUUUCACAACAUGCUUGUUGUUCCUCCAGGCUCUGGUAUCGUGCAUCAGGUUAACCUGGAAUACCUGGGCCGAGUUGUAUUCAACACUGAUGGCCUGCUGUACCCUGAUAGUGUGGUUGGAACUGAUUCCCAUACAACUAUGAUCGAUGGGUUAGGAGUUGCUGGAUGGGGAGUUGGAGGAAUUGAAGUAGAGGCAGCAAUGCUUGGCCAGCCCAUGAGCAUGGUAUUACCUGGUGUUGUUGGGUUCAAGUUGACUGGAAAGUUCCAAGAUGGGGUCACAGCAACCGACUUAGUUCUAACUGUAACUCAAAUGUUGAGGAAGCGUGGUGUUGUUGGCAAGUUUGUGGAGUUCUACGGUGAGGGUAUGGCUGGAUUGUCAUUAGCUGACAGGGCCACUAUUGCCAAUAUGGCUCCCGAGUAUGGAGCAACAAUGGGCUUCUUUCCUGUUGAUAAUGCUACUUUGCAAUAUCUUAAACUGACUGGAAGAAGUGAUGAAACUGUGGCGAUGGUUGAAGCCUAUCUGCGUGCCAACAAGGUGUUUGUUGACUACAAUGAGCCUCAACAAGAAAGGGUAUACUCAUCUUAUCUAGAGUUGGACCUGGGGGAUGUUGAACCCUGUGUUUCAGGACCAAAAAGACCUCAUGACCGAGUUCCUCUGAAAGAAAUGAAAGCUGAUUGGCAUGCUUGUCUGGACAACAAAGUUGGAUUCAAGGGUUUUGGUGUUCCAAAGGAAUCACAGGACAAAGUUGUAAAGUUCUCAUUCCAUGGGCAACCUGCAGAGCUCAGACAUGGUAGUGUUGUAAUUGCAGCCAUCACUAGCUGCACAAAUACAUCGAACCCAACUGUCAUGCUUGGUGCUGGUCUUGUUGCAAAAAAGGCUUGUGAGCUCGGUUUGGAGGUGAAGCCAUGGAUUAAAACAAGUCUUGCACCAGGAUCUGGAGUAGUUACAAAAUAUUUGCUCCGUAGUGGCCUUCAGAAGUACUUGAAUCAGCUUGGCUUCCAUAUAGUUGGUUAUGGCUGCACAACAUGUAUUGGAAAUUCUGGAGAUCUGGAUGAAUCAGUUGCUUCUGCAAUUUCAGAAAAUGACAUUGUUGCUGCAGCUGUGCUUUCUGGGAACAGAAACUUCGAGGGUCGUGUGCAUCCCUUGACGAGAGCUAACUAUCUUGCUUCACCUCCUUUAGUUGUUGCCUAUGCACUUGCUGGCACGGUUGACAUUGAUUUUGAGAAGGAACCAAUUGGAGUAGGGAAGGAUGGCAAGAGUGUCUUUUUCAAGGAUAUAUGGCCAUCUAAUGAAGAAAUUGCAGCGGUUGUCCAAUCGAGCGUGUUGCCUGAUAUGUUCAAAAGCACUUAUGAGGUUAUCACCAAGGACAAUGAAAUGUGGAAUCAGUUGUCUGUUCCAGCUUCCACUCUUUACACUUGGGACCCUAACUCAACCUAUAUUCAUGAGCCCCCAUUUUUCAAGAACAUGACCAUGGAGCCACCUGGUCCCCAUGGAGUAAAGGAUGCUUAUUGUUUGCUCAACUUUGGUGACAGCAUCACUACUGAUCACAUCUCCCCAGCAGGGAGCAUCCACAAGGACAGUCCCGCUGCGAAGUACCUCCUUGAGCGUGGAGUGAGUCCCAAAGACUUCAAUUCUUAUGGCAGCCAACGAGGGAAUGAUGAAGUGAUGACAAGAGGAACUUUUGCCAAUAUUCGCCUUGUCAACAAGUUGAUGAAUGGAGAAGUUGGUCCAAAGACGAUUCACAUUCCAACAGGGGAGAAACUCUAUGUGUUCGAUGCAGCAAUGAGGUACAAGGCUGUUGGGCAGGACACCAUUGUGCUGGCUGGAGCAGAGUAUGGCAGUGGAAGCUCUCGUGAUUGGGCUGCCAAGGGCCCAAUGUUAUUGGGAGUUAAAGCAGUGAUUGCCAAGAGCUUUGAGAGAAUCCAUCGUAGUAAUUUGGUGGGAAUGAAUAUAAUCCCUCUCUGCUUCAAGCCUGGUGAGGAUGCAGAAACACUUGGCCUGACAGGUCAUGAACGGUACAGCAUCGACCUUCCAAGCAAAAUCAGUGACUUGAGGCCUUGCCAAGAUGUUACUGUUGUGACCGACUCUGGCAAAUCUUUUAUCUGCAUUGCACGCUUUGACACAGAGGUGGAGUUGGCAUAUUUUGAUCAUGGGGGCAUUCUUCAAUAUGUCCUCAGGAAUCUGGCCAAGCAGUAACGAGCAAUGUAAGUUUUCAAUCAUGCAGAUUCUGCAUUCAGCUGAGAUUCUCUCUAGGUGGCUGUGAGAAAAUACAGUGUUCAUGUUUGAGAGAGAAUGAAUAUAGGGAAUAUUUCAAUUGCGUAGCCAACCCUGCCGAUGAGAUUUUUGCCCUUUUAUUUUUCGAGGA